UCAGCAUAAAAGUUACAGAAAUGCUACAUGCACUGUAACACGUCGAGCCGCUAUCUGUACAGCUCGCCGAAAUUACAUGCCAUACAAUUGCUAAUAACGGUAGCCUCUAAUAACAAGCCCAGCAAUAAUCCAUCAUCCGCCCGCUAGUUGGCCACCAUUGCCCUAUAAAUAAGGCGUGCGAGGUUUCUGUGGGUUCGGUUUUAUCUUCCUACGACGCAUGGAUCUGUAUUACAACAUCCUGUCACCGCCAUCGCGUGCCAUACUGUUGCUCGGUGAGGCACUGCAGCUAAAGUUCAACCUGAUCAGUCUGGACGUGCACCGGAAGGAUUAUGUGAACCCAGCGUUCAAGAAGAUCAACCCACAGCACACGGUACCGACGCUGGUCGUCGACGGUGUGGCCAUCUGCGAGCCAGGCGCCAUUCUGAUCUACCUGGCAGAGCAGUACGCACCGGCCGGAACCACCUACUAUCCGCCCGAUCCGCUGCGUCGGGCCAUCGUCAACCAGCGAUUGCUGUUCGAGUGCGGCACACUGUACAAGUGUAUCUUUGUGUACUACAGCCCGGUCGUGCUGGAACGGGCCACACCGGUAGAGACCGAUCGCCAAAAGCUGAUCGAAGCGGUUGCCGUACUGGAUGGCAUUCUGCAGCACAGUGCCUUCGUGGCCGGGGAUUGUCUUACUGUGGCGGACUAUUCGCUCGUGUGCACCGUUUCCAUGCUGGUGGUGCUGAAGUUUGAGCUCGCGCCAUAUGUCGCUGUUCGGCGGUGGUACGAGCGGUGCAAGGAAGUGAUUGCGGGUUACACCGACCUGACACAGCGUGCCGUUACAAUGUUCCAAAAAUGGAUGGAGCAGGAAAACAGCAAAGGCUAACACAUU